UAAGAAACAGUACGAGCGUUGUUCAACACUCAAGAAUAUCCGAGCCGGUCUUUAUCGUUUGCCAGUAUGGAUUGCAAAUUUUUUAUGGUGUUAUUAUUGAUAUCCUGCCUGGGAUUUGCAUAUGCCGUAGGCAGCGAAACAUGCGACGAACUGCAGGCGAAAUGUACGGCGUAUAAAAAAGCCGAAAGACCCACCGUAAACAGCUUAGCGACGGUUGUUCCUGGAUCCAGCUCCACAUGGCCGGUUACGGAGCAACUACUUCAAGAAUACCGGCAACUGGGGGAACAACACUGCCGAGAGUUCAACAACACCGGCUACUGCCUGCGAGAAUUGUUUAGCCGUUGUCCCGAAUCUUACGGUAACCACACGACAGGGUCCAGUGAAUGGGAUGGAUGGUAUGAUGCUGAGAUGCAGAUUGCCCUGGCCAGAGUUUGUGAAACAACCAUCGGACCAGUAAAACUGCAUCGCGCUGCCAGUCACUGUUUUAAAACUGAUGGGACACUGUUCAUGCGCUGCUGCUAUAUUGGACCGGAUCACGGACCGGAUUACAACAAGCAAAUGAAUGCCACGACUGCCCACCAGAAGCUCUGCCACCGUAUCAAAGAGGUGGCGGAACGCAUGAGCGGGUCACCAAGCACCGACCUGGUAGCAAAAUGUGGACAAGAUGCGGUGGAGACAAUUAGAGCUGCAUACCAGCAAAUCCACACCGCCCACUGUUAGAUAAUAUCUCGUGAUUUGUUUGUUUUGUCUCAUGUAUUGUUUGUUAUCCCUUUUUCAAACAUCACCUCGUAACUUUAUAUCUCAUUAAACACCUACGAGUUUUAUCUAUUUGUCCUCGGGU